UCCUAGUAUCAGUAAUUGCCGCGAAGACCUGACCCUUCCACCCUUCCCGGGUCUGUCCUGCAAGAAAAGGUGGACAGGCUGCACCGCAGGCCAGCUGGAAAGCCACGCCAGCACUCACACGCUACAUUAUGCGGCAUGGGGCACUUUGGGACAUGGGUGCCUGGCUCGGCACCUGGAUCUAAACCUCAGAAGAGUGGCUGUACUGCUAUGCCAGGGCGCAGCCGCAGGACGGAGUCAGGUAUCCCGGGUUGUCCUUCCCACCCACCAGAGACCCGCCCACAGCCGGUGGAACGCCCCGCCCACCGUCCGCCCCCGCCAUCGGCGCCCUGGUCCGCCUGCCUGGGAAUCUCCAGCCUGGCCAUCUCCAGGACCUGAGGUUUCUGGAGCUUUUCGUGGCACCGCUUCGCCCCAGAGCAGACUUCUGUGGCUUGUGAGCCCUCAGCAGAUAUCUGCCUCUUCCAGCAUGAGGGUCUUCCUGCCUGUACUGCUGGCGGCCCUUUUGGGUGUGGAACAAGCCCAUUCCCUGAUCUGCUUCUCCUGCACCGAUCAGAAGAGCAAUUUGAAAUGCCUGUGGCCAACUACAUGCUCGAGCACAGAGAAUUACUGCGUCACAGUAUCUGCUUCGGCUGGCUUUGGGAAUGUCAACCUUGGCUACACCCUGAAUAAGGGCUGCUCCGAAAUCUGCCCUCGUGAGAACAUCAAUGUCAACUUAGGUGUGGCAUCUGUAAAUAGUUACUGCUGCCAACACUCCUUCUGCAAUAUCAGCACAGCUGGCCUCGGACUUCGCGCCAGUAUCCCACUGCUGGGCCUUGGACUCCUGCUCAGCUUGCUGGCUCUUCCGCAGCUGGCUCCCUGACCGUCCCCAUGUGUUUCCCCAUAAUCCCCCCAGCUCAGGAAGAAAAGCACAGCCCCUUUUAGGUCCCCAGGGGACUCUAGGAGCCUUCAGCUCCUCCUGGGUAUGUCUAGUCCCCCUCUACACUCUCAGCAUCAGGGCUAAGCACCAAAUCUAACACCACAACUGCUCUGUUGAAAUGGGACUAGCUACCCUUGUGUCCAGAGCCAAUCCCGUGACCACCCUUGGGGAACCAGGAAAGGGGUGAAAAAUCUUCCUUGGAGUCUCAGAGUAUCCAGGUCAGGCCUCAGUCUUGUGGUCACACUCACAAGGAUGUCUAACCAAAUGAAUGUACACCUGUGUGCUCAGUGUGUCUGUGUGUGAAUGAAGCCACUUGGAAUCUGGGAUGGCCAAAGGGGACCUGGAAGAUUCUAGAGUGGGAAGGCCUCUGUCUCCACCCAAACUCCUUCCCCUGGCAUGACUGUGUCCAUGUUGUGCUCGAUUCAGGAGGCUGCCCAUGGAGGACUGCCCCUCCUCCCAGUGAAGGCUCCCACCGAUGCAUCCAAUUGAGUCCCUGCCCCCUCUCUGCCCACACUGGCUUCCUGCUGUUAUUCUAGUGCCUCAAAUAAACUGUUCCCACCCAUUUC